UUUUUAAAAACAAUGUUUUUAUUUUUAUCUUUACCUAAUCUAAUUCAGAGAAGGCGGUAAGUUUAUUGUAGAAAUCCUUUGAAAGACCUCUUGUAUGACAGAUUGCAGACACUGAGUAAGAGCUGAUAAUACUAAAUUAAAUAACGAUAUUAUUAGUUCAAGUGCAUGACUAAAGGUGUCUGGUAGAGUCGACCUUCAAAAAACAAAAAUAUUUCACCUAAAUUAAUCAUUAAUUAAUUAAUAUUGUUUAAAUAAAUAGGUACCUAUUUCUUUUCUGAAUCAUCAAGUCUUGUCUGUUGGUAUUUGGUAAACAAUAGAGAAAGACUUCAGUAUUUAGGCGUGUCAAGAAUUUCCACCUAUAAACACCUCAUUCGUAAUGUUUAAAAGAAUAUUCAAUUCCUUGCCUUUUUUAGUACUUACAUCUUAAACCUAUACUUAGAUUUUAAGUACCUACCUAAGUAGGUAUAUAAAUGAGAAGAUGAUUAUCCUAUCUACCUACCUACCCAUUAUUUGAGUCGAAUAAAACCGCAAGCUACAAGCUUAACUAUUUAAUGCAUAUUCAUCUAAAUAAACAAGGUUUUCAGUAUAUAAGACAAAAGUAAAUUUAUUUUUUACUGUAGGUAGGUGGAUCCAACACCUGCAACAGUUUAGCAAGCGAGUAUUCAACUAGAUACGAAAAAUGUUAGGGUUUUUGAUAAUACUAGCAGCGUCGGCGGCGGCCAUGCAGGAGCAAUGUCAUCCAGCCGUUGACAACGCCUUGCUGACACAGAUCAGGAAGAACAGUCCCGUGGGUCUGAUGAGUGUCAGCAACGGCGCGCCUGUGACCUACUGCGAAGCCAACAACUCCCUCAACGAGCCGCUGCUCCGUAACACUUUCUACAUGGACCACAUGACUUCACAAACUCGAGAAAGAACUUUUCGUCGCCCCGUUCAUGGAAAGGGCGCUGGAGCGUUCGGCUACUUCGAAGUGACCCAUGACAUCUCCCAUAUUUGUAAAGCUAGCUUUCUAAGCGAAGUAGGAAAGAGGACGCCAGUCGCAGCGAGAUUUUCAUCCGGAAUCGCAGAAAAAGGAGGCUCGGAGUUAAGUCGAGAGGUUCGAGGUUUCUCGGUGAAGUUUUAUACAGACGAAGGUAACUUUGAUAUACCUUGCAUCGCUACUCCCAUGUUUGUUAUCAAUAACCCAAGUUAUUACACCAAAUUCAUCUAUGGCAUAAGAAAGCAUCCAUCGCAGUAUCUCUAUGACCCCAAGCCAUUAUGGGACUUAAUAAUUCAGCACCCCGAAUCGCUGAACAUGUUUAUGUGGAUGUUCGGGGACCGCGGUAUUCCAGACGGUUACCGUCAUAUGGCUGGUCACAAUGUUCAUUCACUGCAGGUUGAAAACGAACAGGGGGAGCAACAUUACAUGAGAAUGCAUUUAAUGCCAGUCGCGGGCAUUAAACACUUAACAACGGCGGAAGCUCAAAAAAUCAGCGCUGUGGAUCCAGAUUAUUUUACGAGAGAUUUAUUCGAUGCAAUUACGAAAGGUGACUAUCCUUGUUGGACAGUUAGCGUGCAGAUCAUAACCGAAGAUGACGUGAAAAGGUGUGGAUUCAAAUUAAUAUUCGACGUAACAAGAGCGCUUGAUGAAAUUGAAUUUCCCCUUCACCAAAUUGGUAAAAUGUGCUUAAAUAGAAAUCCUAAAAAUUACAAUGCAGAAAUAGAACAGUUGGCCAUUAGUCCGGCGAACUUGGUGAAUGGUAUACUCGGAGCGCCCGACAGAGUGUACGAAGCGCGAAGAUUCGCCUACAGAGAUGCGCAAUUACGCCGCUUGGGGCCAGAUGUUGACAGCAUUCCUGUCAACUGCCCACUCCACGUCCCCGACGACAGCCCCGACUCUACUGGUUACGUAUCAAAGACAGGUUUACUUCAAAUAGUAGAAGAAAAGCCAAACAAUUUCGAUCAGAUCACAAAAUAUUACGAGGGGCUAUCUUGUGAUGAAAAUACCCGAUUAAUUGAGAAUUUUAUCCCUGCUCUGUCAGUUGCCUCUAAAUCGGUCCAAGAGCAAGUGUUAGAGCUUUUAAAAACUAUUCACGGCGACUUGGCCUGUCGCGUUGCUGAAGGGUUCAAUAUGACGAUAAAUUAUUGUUAA